AUGCACGCGCUGGACAGGCGCCCGCUGCGCUCCCCUGGGUCUGACGAUCCUUCCCAACUCCGGGAUUGUUCCCCUGGCCUAGGCAGCCACCGGGACAGAUUUCCACUGCUCCAGCUCCCCCGUGCCGGGUACAAGGACCUCCGGGGAUUUGAAUGCAAACAAAGCGGCGGCGCUGGGAGCGUGGCGAAGCCCGGCCUGCGAACGCCCCCUGUCGGCCCAGAACCCCAGCGCGGGAAGGUGGUGGUGGGGGGUUGGGGUUGCCUUCGACCUCGACAGUCCCCCUACUACAUCCCCAGCCUCCAGCUGCCCCUGGCCCCGCCAGCCGGGGACGACGGCAGCGCGGAACAAGGCAGCCGAGCUCCGGACAGGGGCCUGGCUUUCCGAGCCAGCCCUCCUCCCCAGCGCGGAAUGGGCGGGCGGGGGGCCGCAGGGGUGGGGGAUCUGGAGCAGUUCGGGAGCCUGGCGAGGAUCCCGGCCGCGCGCCGGACAGCACGAGGGUCCCCUACUCCCCUUAGCCCCACUCUUCCAGAAGGGCCCGCCCCUCCGGCUCCUGAGGCUGCCGGCGCUGCUCGCCCCGCACCCGAGCACCCUGGAGGCAGCCUGGGGGCGCAGGAAGGAUCUCGGGGAGACAGCUGUCGCCGCCGCCGCCCCUCCCUGAGCCCCUCGCUGUGCCUCGCGCGCGCAGCAGCCCAUGUAGAGCAGGGGGACAAAGCGGCGGCUCCGAGGCCCCGCAGCUGCCCGGCGCAAGCCCGGCCUCACUCACCUCUUCCACGCAGCUCGAAUCCCUGGGCGCCGCCCUCGCCUUCGGCUCCGACCGCAGUCUGCCCCCUACCCCCGCGCCGCGCCCGCUCGCGCGCGCCCGCCAGCCCGCCUCCGCUGCCCCUUUGCCAACGCCCCUCUGUCCCGGUUAGGCUCCGCACCCCUGGGUUCCGGCUCCGCGCUCCACCGGGCGCCGGCUCUUUCUCAGCCGCUGCCGCCGCUCUCCGCCCCCUCCCCCCUGACGUCAGGCGGGGUGGGGGGGUCCGAGUGGAGGCCGGGGGCGGGACGCGAAGGCCAGCCCGGGGGACCGGGACGGGGACGGAGGGGGGGCGGGCUGCGACCGGCCACGACCCGCGGGGCCCGCCCUCUCUACGGCGGGUGUCUGAGACCCCCGCCCCUCCAGGUGCCCUGUCGCCCUGA